CGACUGACCUACGCCACACAGAGCUCGACCCAUGAACCUUCAACCAACCUAAAAGGCACACCACAUCGCAACUUCCUCAUUACACAAACUUCGGAUGUCCUUAUUUGAGAACAUAAAAGAAAUCAUGGGCUCCUCUCUUCCUUAUGCUGCCGAUGCAGAAAGCCCACUGAAGCCAGCAGAGCUGCAGGUUCUACGAUCACAAUACGAAAAGGAAGGAGAACAUGUUGGAGUACAAACUAAGUUCAACUUUGCAUGGGGUUUGAUCAAAUCGAACGGCCGCCAAGAUCAACAAGAAGGCGUCCGUCUCCUGUCGGAUAUCUUCCGCACCUCGCCAGAACGAAGACGAGAAUGUCUGUACUACCUGGCACUGGGAAACUACAAACUGGGGAACUAUGGCGAGGCACGAAGAUACAACGACUUGUUGUUGGAGAAGGAACCAGCAAACCUGCAAGCAAGCAGUCUGAGGGAGUUGAUCGAUAACAAGGUUGCUAGAGAGGGUUUGAUGGGUGUUGCUAUUCUCAGUGGCGUAGCUAUUGCUGCUGGAGUUGUGGGAGGGAUGAUUUUCAAGGGUGUGGGAAGGAGGACAAGAUAAUGCGUGGUAGGAAAUAUAGAGGAUGGGAGGAAUGACUGAUGGACUUGUCUAAUAUACCAAUAGCAGCGAGAUUUAAUGUAUCAAUUAACACUUUUCAACUCCCA